CGGGUAAUCCUGCUUAGAAAAAAAAAGGAGUAAAAGAAAAAACGAGCCACUUGGGCAAUUGAACGUGCCCAAGUUGACGACCGAACCAGGGGAAGUCUUCUCCUACCCACAAGAACGCUCAUUCGCAUCGCCACCUUCCUCCCUCCCCCCCUCGCCAUCUCCGACCCGACUUGCGGCCAAUGGCGGACCAGCUCACCGACGACCAGAUCGCCGAAUUCAAGGAGGCUUUCAGCCUCUUCGACAAGGAUGGGGACGGUUGCAUUACCACCAAGGAGCUGGGAACUGUCAUGCGUUCCCUGGGGCAGAAUCCCACUGAGGCAGAGCUUCAAGACAUGAUCAAUGAGGUGGAUGCUGACGGCAAUGGAACAAUUGAUUUCCCUGAAUUCCUCAACCUUAUGGCCCGCAAGAUGAAGGACACUGAUUCUGAGGAAGAACUCAAGGAGGCAUUCCGUGUGUUUGACAAGGAUCAAAAUGGUUUUAUCUCUGCUGCUGAACUGCGCCAUGUCAUGACCAACCUUGGUGAGAAGUUGACUGAUGAGGAGGUUGACGAGAUGGUCCGUGAGGCUGAUGUUGAUGGUGAUGGCCAGAUCAACUAUGAUGAAUUUGUUAAAGUCAUGAUGGCCAAGUAAGUUGCAUUACCAUCUGAGGGAAGCUUCAGUAAUCAGGCCAAAAUAUUACCUAUCCAGGUGCCAUUUUGUGAGAUGGCUAUUGUAUUAAACCGAAAACAAUAUAACACUGUGCUGUGUCAUACUCCCUCCGUUCCAAAAUAUAGUGCGCCCGCGCUUCCCGAGGUCCAACUUUGACCAUAAAUUUAACCAACGAGACCAACUGCGGCGGGAGAAAAAAUUAUAUAAUUGAAAACUUCUUUCGAAUACGAAUUCACUGAUAUAAUUUUUGUUUCCGCCGCAAUCGGUCUUGGUAGUUAAAUUUACGGUCAAAGUUGAAGCACGUGGAUAGAGGAAGCACUACAUUAUGGAAUGGAGGGAGUAUGUUGUAGGCAAUGAUUGUUUGCCUUGAAGAUUUUAUAGAUCCUGCUCUGGUCUUUCUGAUUUUGUCUGUUCCGUUUUUUUAUGUUUGGUUCGUUUCAACUUUUCAAGAGUGUAGCCACAAUGUGUUAAUGAAUACUAAAUGAAUAUUUCUGUUAA